AUGGCAGAGAUUCUUAUGAGCGGUGCAACAGGAUUCCUAAAAAAGCUGGUGGGUGUUGUCUCCGAAGACAUUGCUUUGGCUUGGGAUGUCAAAGAUGACUUGAAGAAGCUUCAAAGUACCUCGGAAAUGAUUCUCACUGUGAUUGCCGACGCGGAAAGGAGGCAAGAGAAGGAAGAAGUUGUAAGACUCUGGUUGAGAAGGAUCAAGGAUAUUGCUUAUGAUGCUGACGACGUGAUUGAUGAGUUCUCCUAUGAGGAUAUGCGUCGCUGUGAUAGAGAAGAUAGCCCGAAGCAGAAGGUAAUCAGUUUCCCUUCAUCUUCAAACCCUCCACUUGCAUUUCGUCUGAAGAUGGCUAAAAAAAUCAAAGAUAUUAACAAAAGAUUAGAUCAAAUCACCAAAGAUAUGGAUAGGUUUGAGUUGGCAAUUACUACACCAAUUCCAGAUGGUGAAAGUACUGAACAUCUGGACCGACAAUACACAUCCCAUGUGAACGAGUCAGAAAUUGUAGGAAGAGAGAAUGAUGAAUACCAAAUAAUAAAACUAUUAACAACCGAUACCACAACAUCAUCAUCUUUUCCCAAUCCUAAUCAGUAUCCUGAAAACAUUUCUAUAAUCUCCAUAGUGGGUAUGAGGGGGCUGGGGAAGACCACUUGCACAACUCGUUUACAAAGACAAGUUGGUAAAGAAAGUGUUUGA